GAAGAAGGCGAAAAACAACAGAACAAAUGGCUAAAACAAUUGUAUUUCUUCAUUUUAAAUUUGCUUAGUAAACAUCUUUUAGCUAGAAUUUGUGCAUUCGAAAAUUGUGUGUGCUCAUUGCUGUGGCGAGCGCUUUGCCGAAAGCAUUUCUUGGUUGCGCAUUGCCGGGAGCUGGUGACGCCCGACGGUUUAGCGGACAAAGGAGGCAUUCGCUUGGGAGACAUCCUACUGGAAAUCAACGAAGAGGACGCCACUGAAUUAUCGCUUACGCAAGCGCACGAGAAAAUUGAAGCCUCUGGCAAGAAAAUCCAUUUCCUGGUAAAGAACAUGGAGGAGGACCCAGACUUUGAGUUGGGCGAGGAGAAGUCGAUUGUGUUGCGUGUGCCAAAGAUGGCUCCACCGCCGAAGGUGAAAUCAGCUGCUUCCAUCGAGGCUCGUCUGCGUGAAAUGCAACGAAAAUUGUCGGAAAUUGCAGAAAUACCAAAAAUACUUUCCUCUACACUCGCCACCGUUUCGCAAACAUUUGAAAAAUUAAAGCCCGCAGAUUUGCAGCAACAACAAUGUCAACAACAUCGCAAGCACUCCUACGAUGAGGAUGCACUGGAUUACGAAUUAAGUGGCGCCGCCACCCAGCAGCGUCUCAAGUUGAAAGCAAAAGGAAAAGUUAUGGCUAAAACCGCCACCACGUUAAGGGGGAUGAAAAUGAGCUUAGCAAAGGACACAACGCCGGAAUCGGAUUAUGCAUCCGAAGGCAAUUAUGAAUCAAAUGAGGCAGACACGGAUGAUGACUAUGGCGACAGCGAGGUUGAUGGCGAGAGCAGAAAUAUUAAAAAAGCUUUAAUAGGAAUCGGUAUGGCCGACGAGGGCAAGACAGAGGGUGGCUCAUAUUCAUAUGUAACCCGAUUGAGGCCGUCGAAGUCAAGUCAAGGACAGCAGCAGCAGCAGCAGCAGCAACAACGUCGACAUCAAUAUCCACAUCUUUGUGACAAUGUCAAGGCCAGCGCUGGUGCAGGUGUAGUUGACGUUGUUGGAAUGCCCAUAACGCAGGACGAAGAAAGUGAAGAAGGAAGUGAAGAUUAUGACGAUGUUGACGAGGACUCCGAUGAAGAUAUUCUAACAGCCAGGCUUGUUGCGGCCGAUAGCGACAGUGACGAUGAAACUGGCGCAGAUGCAGUUGACGACAAUUACGAAGCUGAACAUGAUGGCCACGGGGAUGAGGAUGAUGACGAUGACAAUGAUUUUUUGACCGCCACUUACACAUGGAAUUUGAGCAAAAUACCGAAGCUGCAGUUGAAUGAUGAAAAGCAAUCCUUCGACGAUGAAAGCAAUUCAGUCAAGAAUCUGAUUGACAUAGUUGAAACGGAUGACACGGAUGAGGAUAAGCCAAAUAAGAAAGCGCGUUGGUGCCAUGCUGACAAUGAUUUGCAGCAUGAAAAACAUACACAGUGGUCUGAGGAAGAGGGCGAAAAGGAAAAGAAGUUCACUGAGAAGCUGGAGCGCUCUUGGCCCUGGGCUGAUCGGGAGAGAAUCAUUUACAAGCAAUCAACUUGUCACCUGGUACGUCGACGUCCAUUGGGUUUGGUAGAGCAGCGCAUCAAAUUGCUGGCUAAACAGAAUCUGGGCGACAGCUUGGAAAGACAGCUACACUAAAAGUGAAAUAUUGGCCUCAUUUAAUUGCGGCAGGAAGUUUGUUGCCAUUGUGGGUGUACGAGCUAAGCUGCAAAAGUAUUGAAAACUAGUAGUCGGCGGCAGGUUGACCAGCUAAAAAUAUAAAUAAAAUGCUAUAGGAACUGCCAUGUAUUUUAAAAUUUAAAUUUAUUGAAGAGUUUGUUAUCACAUCGUUAUUUAGCUAUAUUAGCGCAUAUAAAUUUCCUUUGAAAUAAAA